UGCAGGAGUAUGUAUUAAUUUCGUUAACAUUUGAGCGGUAAUGUAACAGCGGAGGUUGUCUUUCACUUGUUUGCAGACGGCUAAACGGCUUCCCUGGGUUUCGCUGACGUCCCCAUCGCUUCACUGAAGAUGGACACACUGGAGUCGGAGUUGACUUGCCCAAUCUGUCUGGAACUUUUCGAGGAUCCUCUACUGCUGCCCUGCGCCCACAGCCUGUGCUUCAACUGCGCCCAUCGCAUUCUGGUGUCCCACUGUCCCUCGCUCGACGAGUCCAGCAAACCCUACUCUGCCUUCCAGUGUCCCACCUGUCGCUAUGUCAUCACUCUCAACCAGCAGGGUCUAGACGGCCUCAAACGCAACGUCACUUUGCAGAACAUCAUCGACCGCUUCCAGAAGGCAUCUCUGAGCGGGCCGAACUCGCCGAGCGAGACGCGCCGCUGCAGCCGUGAUCCGUUCCCCUCGGUGGCGGUGGAUGACGGCAGGGUCAUGAGUUCACCGUGCGAAGCUGUCCAGUGCCAGUUCUGCGAGCAGGAUCCGCCGCAGGAGGCGGUCAAGACCUGCGUCACCUGCGAGGUUUCGUACUGCCAGGAAUGCCUGCGCGCCACUCACCCCAACAAGAAGCCCUUCACGGGACACCGGCUCACCAAACCCGUGCCGGACUCGCGCCUCAGAGGACUGGCCUGUCCCGAGCACGGAGAGGAGAAGGUCAACAUGUACUGCGUGACGGACGACCAGCUGAUUUGCUCACUGUGCAAACUGGUCGGGCAUCACCGUGAACACCAGGUGGCAGCGCUGGGAGAGCGAUUCGACAAGCUGAAGCACAUGUUGGAUUCCAACCUCAGCAAUCUGAUCAAGAGGAACAGUGAGCUGGAGAACCUGAUGGCCAAGCUGAUCCAGACGUGUCAACAUGUGGAGCACAAUGCGGCUCAUCAAGAGAGCAAACUGGCUGAAGAGUGCGACACACUGAUAAACAUCGUACAGCAGAGGAGACAAAUCAUCGGCACUAAGAUCAAAGAAGGAAAGGUGGUUCGCUUGAGAAAGCUAGCGCAACAGAUCGCUAACUGUAAGCAGUUCGUGGAGAGAUCGUCCUCGCUCAUCACUCAAGCCGAUCUGGUUCUGAAAGAGACGGAUCACGCUCGAUUCCUGCAGACCGCAAAGAGCAUCUCAGAGCGAGUCUCGAUGGCGACGGCGUCCUCGCAGGUCCUGAUCCCAGAGAUCAACCUGAAUGACACGUUCGACGCGUUCACACUGGACUUUUCCAGAGAGAAGAAGAUGCUGGAGGGUCUGGAUUACCUUACAGCUCCGAAUGCUCCCACUAUCCGCGAGGAGCUUUGCACGGCGUCUCACGACACCAUCAGCGUUCACUGGACAUCAGAGGAUGAGUUCAGCGUGGUUUCUUACGAGCUGCAGUACACCAUCUCCACCGGCCAGACGAACGUCAUCAGUCUGUGUAACUCGAUGGACAGCUGGAUGAUCGUGCCCAACAUCAAGCAGAAUCACUACACGGUUCACGGCCUGCAGAGCGGAACCAAGUACAUCUUCAUGGUGAAGGCCAUGAAUCAGGCUGGGAGCCGCAGCAGCCCGCCGGCCAAACUCAAGACCAACAGUCAGCCGUUUAAGCUCGACCCAAAGGCGGCCCACAGGAAGCUGAAGGUGUCACAUGACCAUCUGACGGUGGAGCGGGACGAAGCCUCGUCGAUGAAGAGCCACGCUCAGGACCGCUUCGGCAGCACGGGGAACUACGGCGUGACGGGGAACGUGUUCAUCGACAGCGGCAGGCACUACUGGGAGGUUCUGAUCGGAGGAAGCACAUGGUUUGCUAUCGGGAUCGCCUACAAAUCGGCUCCCAAGCACGGCUGGGUGGGUAAGGACUCGGCAUCAUGGGUACUGAGCCGCUGCAACACCUCGUGGGCCGUGCGUCACAACAGUAAGGAGUUUCCCAUCGAGCCGUCUCCUCACAUGCGGCGUCUGGGAGUCCUGCUCGACUACGACUCCGGCUCUCUGGCGUUUUACGACGCUGCGGGAACGCAGCACCUGUACACCUUUGACGUCGCCUUCUCUCAGCCCAUCUGUCCCGUCUUCAGCGUGUGGAACAAGUGCUUGACCGUCCUCACGGGGCUCCCCAUUCCGGACCACUUAGAGAUCAGCGACCCGCGUGACUGAACGCUCCUCCUGUACUCCCGCUGUUCAGAGGAAGAGUUCUGACAAAAACGAAAAUUUGUUGAAAAUGUCCUCACUCUCAGGCCAUCCAAAAUGUAGAUGAGAUUGUUUCUU